UUGAUCGAUCUCGACAUUUUUUACGUUUGAAUUUUUUCUCAACCGACUUUCUUUUUCUGUUUAUUUCGUAUCUAGAACGAUUUCAUUUACGUGAACGACGACACGAAAUCUUACAAAAUAAUUGGUUAUUCAAAUGUCAAUGCCAUAUUUGUGAACGACAUGAGAAAGAUAAAAAAUCUGAUGAACAAUGGGCCUCUUAUUCAAAUGACAACGAUUUUAUUUUGGAAUAUGAUUCGAAACUAUCACAAGAAUGUAUGGAAAAAUUUUCCAAAUCACUAAAAUUCAUACAAGAACAUUAUCAUAAUAGUUUAUUACAAAUGUUUAUGUUACAUUUCAGUAUUCUUGUACCAUGUUGUAUGUUGAAACAAUGGCAAGAUGUUGUUAAAUAUUCAAGAAAAGCAAUUUGUCUUGGAAAAAUAAUCUAUGGUGAUGAUUAUGAAAGAUAUUUAAUACCAAUAAAAGAAAUCAUUGAAGCAAAAGUGCCGAUGGAAUAUCAUACUGGAUUAGAAAAAUAUUUUAAAUAA